AAGUUAGUUAGUCUGCAAUCGCCGGGACUCGCAGUCGAGUCGUCGGGCUGCGUUUGAAAAUAUCGAACUAAUAAAAGACUCUAACGAAUCCGAGAUCCGAGCAGAUUAAAAUCAAAUAAUAAAACGGAACACCACCUCGUUCGCUUUUUAUUGUGUCCCAAUAUUCGGGGGCUAUCGCACAUUUCGCUUUUCGGUUGAUAAUCGCGAGGUGCGAGUGCGAAAAUAGUGAACAAACAGGAAAAAAAAAGCUCCAGUUUUUCGAUCGCUAUUCUCGGCGAUAAGGUGAUGGCCCAAAAUAAUGAGUACAUAGAAUUACCUUGGACCAUGAACUCCUCCAGCGGCGAUGAUGAGGCGCCGAAGGAUCCACGCACUGGCGGCGAGGAUUUUACGCAACAAUUUACAGAGAACGAUUUCGAGGGACAUCGGGCCCACACCGUUUAUGUGGGCGUCCAUGUACCAGGAGGACGACGCCACUCGCAGAGGCGCCGCAAGCACCACCACAGUGGCCCCGGAGGGGGUGGCACGGGGGCCACGGGCGGAGGUGGCUCCAUCGGCGGAUCCGGAAGUGUGGGCGGUGGUGCGGGCAAGGACAACAUCAGCGAGAAGCAACAGGAAGUGGAGCGACCAGUGACUCCCCCGGCCCAGCGAGUUCAGUUCAUACUGGGCGAAGAUGUGGACGACGGCACACAUGUAUCGCAUCCCCUGUUCUCCGAAAUGGGGAUGUUGGUGAAGGAGGGCGACGAGAUCGAGUGGAAGGAGACGGCGCGAUGGAUCAAAUUCGAGGAGGAUGUGGAGGAGGGUGGCAAUCGGUGGUCGAAGCCCCACGUGGCCACCCUCUCGCUACACUCGCUUUUCGAGCUGCGCCGCCUGCUGGUCAACGGCAGUGUAAUGCUGGACAUGGAGGCCCACAAUCUGGAGGUGAUGGCCGAUCUGGUCUGCGAUCACAUGGUCAGCGCGGGAGCCCUGCCACCGGGGGUCAAGGACAAGGUCAAGGACGCCCUCCUGCGACGCCAUCGCCAUCAGCACGAGUAUGCCAAAAAGACGCGACUGCCGAUUAUUCGAUCGCUGGCCGAUAUGCGCAAUCACUCGUCAUCGAAAAAGAAAAAAUCCAAUUCUAAACACUCGCGGCCCGCACAAAACCUGCCAUCGAUCACAGAGGACAUGGUCAAGAGUCCGAGUAACCAAUCGAUGGCCCGCCCGGGAAGUGGAACCGAGUUGAGUGAGCAGCAGCACAAGGGCAACACCCAUUUCAUGCGGAAGAUUCCGCCGGGAGCGGAGGCCAGCAACAUCCUGGUCGGUGAGGUGGACUUCCUGGAGCGAACCCUGUCCUGCUUCAUCCGGUUGAGCCAGGCGGUCGUCCUGGGCGAUCUCACCGAGGUGCCCGUGCCCACAAGAUUUGUAUUUAUCCUGCUUGGUCCGCCUGGCAGUCAGAGCAACUUCCACGAGAUCGGCCGGGCGAUGGCCACGCUGAUGUCCGACGAGAUCUUCCACGAGGUGGCCUACCGAGCACGCAAGCGGGACCAUUUGUUGUCCGGGGUGGACGAGUUCCUGGACGCGGUCACCGUAUUGCCGCCCGGCGAGUGGGAUCCCACCAUUCGGAUUGAGCCACCGGCGGCCAUUCCCUCGCAGGAGGUGCGUAAACGUCCGCCGGAGUUGCCCAAGGAAGAGGUGGACGAGGAGGAGGAGGAGGCACGCCUGCGGGAGGAGAACGGGCUCUCCCGAACGGGUCGACUCUUUGGAGGACUCAUCAACGACAUCAAGAGGAAGGCACCGUGGUACAUUAGCGACUACAAGGACGCACUGUCCAUGCAGUGCGUCGCCUCCUGGAUCUUCCUGUACUUCGCCUGCCUCUCCCCGAUCAUCACCUUCGGAGGUCUGCUGGCCGAGGCCACUGGCAAGCACAUGGCUGCGAUGGAGUCUCUGGUGUCCGGGUUCGUUUGUGGCAUGGGCUAUGGCUUCUUUUCGGGUCAGCCGCUGACAAUUCUCGGGUCCACCGGUCCAGUCCUGGUCUUCGAGUCAAUUAUCUACGAGUUCUGUCUGAAGAUGGGCUGGGAAUAUAUGACCUUCCGGUUCUGGAUCGGCAUGUGGGUCGCCGGCAUUUGCAUCGUCCUGACCGCGAUUGAUGCCAGUGCCCUCGUUUGCUACAUCACCCGCUUCACCGAGGAGAAUUUCGCCACCCUGAUCGCGUUCAUCUUUAUCUACAAGGCCAUCGAGAAUGUGAUGGUCAUCGGCAAGAAUUUUCCUGUCAAUCAGGGGAUAUACGACUGUAUCUGUACACCACCAAUCGGGAGCAAUGCCAGUGUGAUCGAUUAUGCCAAAUACAAUUGGGAUUAUUGUGAGUCCUACAAUGGCACUUUGGUUGGCGUAGAUUGUGGCAAACCGCCCACCGAGAACGUUUUCCUAAUGUCGGUGGUACUCUGCGCUGGCACCUUCAUCAUCUCCACCCUGCUGAAGGAGUUCAAGAACGCCCUCUUCUUCCCCUCCAUCGUUCGGCAGUACAUCAGUGACUUUUCCGUGCUGAUCGCGAUAUUCGCCAUGAGUUUCUUCGAUUAUUCCCUGGGAGUUCCCACCCCGAAGCUGGAGGUGCCCAAUGAGCUGAAGCCCACGCUGAGCACCAGAGGCUGGCUCAUCCCGCCGUUCUCCGAAAGGAACCCCUGGUGGUCGCCAAUCAUCGCCGUAUUCCCCGCCCUGCUUGGCACUAUUCUGAUCUUCAUGGAUCAACAGAUCACCGCUGUCAUCGUGAAUCGCAAGGAGAACAAACUGAAGAAGGGCUGUGGCUACCAUCUGGACCUGUUCAUCCUCUCCAUUCUGAUUGCCAUUUGCAGCAUUAUGGGUCUGCCUUGGUUCGUCGCGGCCACCGUGCUGAGCAUCAACCACGUGAACUCGCUGAAAUUGGAAUCGGAGUGCUCGGCCCCUGGCGAGAAGCCACAGUUCCUGGGAGUGCGCGAGCAGCGGGUGACACACAUCCUGAUCUUCCUGACCAUCGGCGGCUCUGUGCUCCUGACCCCGCUGCUCGGCAACAUUCCCAUGCCGGUCCUGUUCGGCGUCUUUCUUUAUAUGGGCGUGUCCUCGCUCAAGGGUCUGCAGUUCUUCGAUCGCAUACUGAUCAUGUUCAUGCCGGCCAAGUACCAGCCGGACUAUAUGUUCCUGCGCCAGGUUCCCAUUAAGCGCGUCCACCUGUUCACCAUUAUUCAGCUGGCCUGUCUCAUUAUUCUCUGGCUGAUCAAGUCCUUCUCGCAAACCUCCAUUCUGUUCCCCCUGAUGCUGGUGGUAAUGAUCGGUAUACGGAAGGCCCUGGAUCUGGUGUUCACCCGUCGAGAGCUGAAGAUCCUGGAUGAUAUUAUGCCGGAGAUGACGAAGAGGGCGGCGGCAGAUGAUCUGCAUAAACUGGACGCUGAGGACAAUCACCAUCAGCAUCAUCCGGUGUCUGGUGCAGGAUCGAACUAUAAUGCCGAUAAGUCGGGUCCCACCACCAUUCAUAUUCCCCUAUCGGGAAACAAGGCCGGCAACAAUGGACCUACAGUGAACAUUCCCCCGGAGGCUGUUAAUCGCACCGCGGUCUGGCAGCAGAUCAACAAGGAUGGCAACGGGAUCUCGGAGCAACUGAUCAUUCCGGUCACCCUCAAAGUUCGUCAGAUCAAUGGCAACCAUGCCUCCCCGAAUGCCGCCCUCUCGCCACGCCUCUCGCCGAUGCACGAGGUGGAUGAGUACUGUGAAGCCCCGACAAACAGUCCGGGGCAACCCACGGGAAUCCAGCAGCAGCAGCAGCAUCAGCAGCAGCAACAACAGCAGAUCGGCAAUUGCAAGGCUGCCAAACUCGAAGGAUCGUCUUUGGCCAACAGCCAGAUCAAUCCGGCCAACAUAACACCCGUCUAAUGAUCCAGAAAACGAUAUCGAUUUAAAGCGAUCAAAGCACAAAAAUCCCACAAACACAUCCAUGUAUUUCUAGUUAAUCAUUCACAAACGUAUCAUAAUCUCUAUUUACUAUACACCGUAGUAGUUCUCCCAGGGGACGUUUUUUUGGUAAAGAUUUUUAGCUGUGCCAGUAGUGGGGUAAAACUUUGAUUUGGGGCUCAGGUACAAGUUAUACAAGUAUUACUUAUAUGAUAAAACAAUGAUAUGACGUAGAGAAAACAAAAAAGACAUUCCAAAUAUACACUUUUGAAACGAAUUUUAUAGAGUCAAUUCCAACGAGGAGGCGAAGAACAGAAGAACAAAAAACCAUCGGUGAGCCGAUGUUUCUCCAAUUUUCCAACUCUCCACUUUGACUUGGUUAGCUAAAGCGAAUUGUGUGUUAGAAUGGGGCUUAUUUAUCGAACUGUGAUCUGAUGGUUAUAUCUUGGGGGUGGGUUGUUUAAGGAGUGUAUCAUUUAGCCUAGCCAAGACAAAGCUGUAAACAAUUGUAUUAUAUUUUAAGUUCUACACAAAGAAACACACAUCCUAUUCGACACACCCAAAAAAAUAUAUACAGAAAAGAAAGUAACAUAGAAAACUAUAAAUAUUGAAUAAAAGUGGCGAACCAUUAAUAAGCCACAAGCAAACUGCGAAAACAAAAA